CUCGCCGAGCGCGUCGUCAGGUCAAUAUAUAUAUACAAAAUAUAAUACAUAUUUACACGUAUAUAGCACAUAUAUAUAUGUACAAAAAAUAGCUGCUAAAUACACGUAUAGAUCAGCGUAAUCGUGCGUCGUUGCGUGCGUGUGUUUACUCUUGGUGCAGUCGUCUUCUGCCAGUCCGCUAUCUGUCCACCUGCCUAAUCUGCCUGUCACAUCGGCGCAGCGAGGCGACCUUUCCAUUGCAGCAACGAUUGCCGGAGCGUAACAAGAGACGAGGGAAAGCAGAAUCCAUCGCGAGAGAAUCAGCUGUAGCGAAUCGAGCAGACGUCGCGCGCGCGCGCGCCUUACCUAUAUAGAGUCUAGAAUAGAAGUAGUGGUGCGCAUCGUCGCCGCGAGUCUGCCCGCCGAGGAAAAACAAAGCUCCACAUACGUAAGCUCUCCGAUAUAUCUCGAGAGUCGUGCAAUUGGAGAAACGUAGAAGCCCAGAAGAAGCCGCUUGCCUCCUCCUCGGCUCUCAUCGAUCUCUGCUCGUUUCUCGCCUCUCGCUCUCUAUUUCUCUCGGCGAUCGUAGACUCGGAGAGUCGGGAGCUUUGCGUCUGACUUAAACGACUGACACUACUUAGGCCAGAGCAGCGGCUCCGUUUAACGAGCUGCAGCCGCCGAGCCAAGCACGCACGAGCUCGUCUAACGACCCGCACAGGCCAACGACACGCAGCAGCGCCAGUAGCAACAGUAGCGCACGUUUUUCCGCAACAAGCUCGUUGAGAGGAGAGCGCGCGGCUACGCCUUUUAAAUCGCUCGCUCGGCUACGCCGUCAGCUGAUGAAUUAUACACGCUGGCUCGCAGUGCGUAGCAUUGGAAAUCGCAGCGGACCUGACUAGACUUGUACGAUAUACAAGCUCGUACACGUACCGUAACAACGCAUACGAAUCCACACUUACACUCUCACACACACACCCACACACACUGACACACAUAUACACAAUCACACCAUUACACUCGCACACGAUAGACGCGCGCGUGCGUCUAGCCCCGAGUUAGUACAUACACAUGAUUUAAAGCUGUGAGCGAAAAAAGUGCUACACAACGUACCCUCGAAUUGUUCAGUGUUGGUGAGUCCACGUGCAUUCAAUCAGUGGAUACAUCGCUCAGUGAUUCAGCCGAUCCGUCACAAGAGUCUCAUCUAAUAUAAGAUCUAAUAAAAAGCUUCAGUAAAAUAUAUUGUGUGUUUUGUUUAUUGUCCUGACAACGAUUUUGUGCCGCUGCUCGUAUUGCAUAAUACAAGUAGAAAUAUCUAAUAAUCUGGUUCCAUGGUCGAUCGCGCGUGUGAAAUUGAAUAUCUUUCUCACCUCUCUAUCUAUCCAUCUAUUAGUCUCUAUAUCUAUUAGUCUGUCUACCUAUAGUCAUCUAUCUAGCUGUCUAUAUCUAUCUGUGCUCUUAGCCGUUGAAAUAAAGCAGUGCAUAAGUAUCUGUCGUUGAAAGUGUGCAGUGGUACUAGUCGGUUAAUUGCCAUCCCGAGUUCAAAGUGCCCGAGUAAAAGUGCAAACUAACAGAGCUGUGCUAGAGAGACAAAGCAAGACACGUGUGUAGAACAAGUCAUCGAAAGAGGCGUCAGCGACUCGGCGAGACCCGGCAAUUUUCUUCGCUAGGACGAUUUUCGGCAACUCGUCAACGACGGAAAUCGAAGCGAUGGAAGCGCAAAGUCAAGACAUCGUGGCGAGCGGAUCGCCGCCCGAGGUGCCCAACGACCCAGGAAAAAUGUUCAUCGGGGGAUUGUCUUGGCAGACUAGUCCAGGUAAGAAUGCAGAGAUUGUUACUGAUUGCCACGUUUGUACUAUAAGUAGUGGGUGGCUUCUUUAUAUCACGUAGGCUCUAAAGUAAAAAAUGUAAGAAAUGGAAAAAAUAAUUCAAUAGUUUCAAUUUCUAUGCGACCACUGCAAAUGUGCUCAUUGUUGUUUGAGUUGGUUUAAGAGCCGCACUUUUCAAUGAUCGAUCGAAUUAUUAAUAGCUAAUUCCAAUUUGCCUAAGUUUAUUUUAUCGAUUCGACUCUACGACCAUUGGCUCGUG